AGUUCAAGUGGCGAAUGUGUUGUGUGUUGUAAAUACAUUGUUGAACGUAGCAAGUCGACUGUAUGUUUAUGCAGCUGCGAGAGUUAGUUUAGAUUUAGGGCAGGGCACAGCUGUAGCUAGCUGUGUUAAACUAGGACUAGACAGUUGUAAAUAGCUGUGUUAAACUAGGGUUGCAGCCGAUUGUUUAGAUUAAACUAGUGCUGUAUACAGCUGUAGAUAGCUGUAUUAAACUAGAGCUGCAGUCAGCUGUACAUAGCUUUAGCUAUAACAAUGGGAGACACACUGAGUGUAGAAGAACACAAUCAUCAAGUUUUUAGAAGCCUAAAGCCAGGAGACAUAGUCAAGAUUCCUCGCGGGGAGUAUUGCCAUUUCGUGUUGUAUAUUGGUAAAGGUAAAGUGGUCCACCUGACCUCGCCAGACAGUGGCCAGUGCAACUCUAACGACUUCCGGUCACGUGAUUUCGGACAUCCGGGUUCUAUGGCCGAGGACAAUUUUUUCUCAGUGGCGGGGGAGGAAAAGGUUUACAAGGCUGACAAAGAGGAAUGGCCCAAUUUUAAUCUGGGACUAGUUCUAAGAAAGGCCAAAUUGAAACUAGGAGAUUCGGAUUACCAUUUGCUAACUAGCCGUUGUGAAAACAUAGUUAACGAGCUGAAUUAUGGGAAAAAUCAGAGUGACAAGGUGGCCAAGACUGCUGAAGUGACCAAGAGUGCUGAUGUUACACCUGCUCUGGUUGGAGCUGGCGUUGGAGCGGUGCUUCUGGCCGGUGCUGCCGCUGUGGUUGGUGUGGUGGUGCAUAACAAGCUGUCUAAAAAUAAAUAACUGACUGGCCACAUCUUGUCUUCAACUGCCAUCGUGUUGUGAUUAUUUAU